GCUAGCCUCGAUAGGAAAUUGAAAACUCACGCCUGGAAGUUUUUCAAUAGGGAGCCGGCAGCUUCACUUCAGAGUGCAGCGGCUGUAGUGCAAGGCAAUGCACAACUAUGUUCUGUCAACGAGGACCACCGGCUUGAAGAAUCUACAUCGCUCUUAUCAUGUAGGCAAGGCAGCAUCGGUCAAUACUGCGAUUGGGCGCGUCCUCCGGCACCAUGCUCCUCUUGCGGGCAAGAAAGUUGUGAAGAACGAACUGAGGUCGGAAGAACGGGCAGCAACGAGCAGAUCAAGAGAUUCUGGCUUCGCUGGAAGGCGAGACCAUUUUUCUCAACCACGGAGAUCUUUCAAUGGCUUCGACGACACAAGAGCUGGGACACAUUCGUCAUUCCAUCGAACAUCAGAUAACUUCUCUGGUCCAUCGCGCGAAAAUUAUCCUCCUUCAUUGAAACAAUCCUCAAAAUUCAACGAUCGACCUCGACCAUCCCGUGGGGAGACUCACUCUGCACACUUCUCAAAAGGGCCAGACCGGUCUUCGUACAAAGAUCAAAAGGCUCCUUUCAUACGCACGUCGUCUGGCCAGGAACGAACUGCUUCUGAAUCAUUGGAUUAUCCUUCUCUGUCCUCUCGCGAGAGGCCUUUUAGACCUCGGACUUCUGGUGGGUCCCCGAACACUUCCGGGCACCAGACAUUGGCAAAUACACAUCAAGACAGGAACUUUGGUAGAAGUCUUGUGAAUAAGUACCGUUCUGGUCGCGAUUUGGGUGAAGGACAAUCUCGAUCGUUGAGACUAAAAGAUGCUUCAUCUGAACGCAAGACACAAUCAUUCUCGAGGGAACCAGUAAAUAGCUCGUCUCAUGCUCGUGGUCCUCCAGACCGCGCUCGCCUUCCCCAUGCGGCCGACAAAUCACCUGUAGUAAUCCCUUACACUACCCCAGCUUCUGAGUUCUUGUACGGGACAUCAGUAGUUGAGGCAGCUCUAAUGAGCAGACGGAUACCUCGAAGAAAACUAUACAAGCUAUACAUCUACAAUGGAGAGAAUCGGGAAGGUGGUGAGCGUGAUACUCAGCUUGAGCGGCUCGCCAAAAAGCAUGGCGUGGAGGUAGUACGUGUUGGAAACGAAGGAUUGCGUCUGAUGGAGAAGCUGAGCUCAGGGCGCCCACACAAUGGCUAUAUUCUGGAAGCCUCCCCGUUGCCCCGAUUGCCUGUUCAAAGUUUGGGAGAACUUGCUACAAGAGAAGGUCGGAAUGGCUUUCUUGCGACUCUCGGUCAUCAGUCACGAGAGGAGGCUGCUGUCAACGGGGUCUCCGACUUCCAACUGACGAAUCCAUCUUCUGGGAAAAUGCCAUUAGUCCUUCUACUCGAUGGUAUCGUUGAUCCAGGGAAUAUGGGUGGAAUCUUAAGAACCGCAAGCUUCCUCGGUGUCUCAGCCGUAGCUAUUUCUACUCGCAACAGUGCACCUUUCAGUCCGAUUGUGCUUAAGGCUUCCGCAGGUGCUUCUGAGAACGUGACAUUGUUCUCAGUCAGUACACCUGCUGGUUUUAUAGUCGACUCCCAAAAUGCUGGCUGGAAAAUCUUUGCCGGCGUGGCGCCUUUGAAUAACAAGGAUGCAACAACGCCACGAUCAGUGUCCACUGAUGAAUUAGGGGAUCCCUUGUCCGAGUCACCUUGCAUUCUCAUGUUGGGUAGCGAGGGUGAGGGCUUGCGCUGGAAUCUGAGAAGCAAAGCCGAUGUGGACCUGUACAUUCAAGGAUGUGGCCAGAGCCACAAUGUUGAUAGUUUGAACGUCAGUGUGGCCGCCGGCAUACUUUGUAGUGCUUUCCUCAAGACAAACAGCAAUGCAGAAGUAGCCUUGUUAGCGACAAAAUAUUCUGAGGUCGAGGAGGUACCGAGAGCUACUAUGUUUUGAAUCUGCCAGAGCUAUAUAUGUCGUCGGCAGUAUGUAUGAUUAUUGUAAUGAAUCAAGCUAGCUAUGACAGGUCGUCCGAUUAUGGCAUAUCAUCCGACUGUGGGUAUAGAACAAGU